GAUUACUCUAAUAAACCUCAGUCAUUACGCACGUUCAUUACGUAAAAAAUUUUCAGAGAAACAAAAUGCUGCUCUACAUUUUUCUUCUUCUGGGAGCAUGGAAAGGAACAUUGGGAAACGAUGACAUAUGCCAGGAACCUCGAUAUCGAGCUUGCCCUGUACCACAGCCGUGGAGAUUCCCGGAAACCAAGCCUGACCUUGAUAGAUUAUGCAUAGGAUACCUACAAACUACUGAUUGCAUGAUAGAUCAUUUAAACAAAUGUAACCCUGAAGAGGAUUCAUGGCGAAGGUAUUUCCUAAACAUGAAAAACGUUUCAGAAGAUGCAUGUGACAAGGAUUCACAACUUCAUUUGCGUAUUGUUCAAAACCUUGACUGUUUUAAUGAAGUAGUUGAAAAAGACUCCAGAACAUGCAGAGUAAUUGUUGAUGAGAGGAGAAAAAAGAUGUUUAAAUAUGUUAAACAAACAGAGGCAGAAAAAGGCAAUAACGAUGAACUUAGAUCAUCAUUUCAGUGUUUGGUGAUAUCCCUUAAGAAUAUAUGCUAUGCAUCCAAAUCUAAUGAGAGAUGCGGAUCUGAUGCAAGAGACAUUGUUCUUGAAGUAAAUAGAAGAGCAGGAUUUCCUUUACACUGUUCAGCUGAAAGUAUAACAGAGUUGUUGCUUCUUAUAGAAUUGGAACCUGAAGAAGAAGCUUUAUUAAAUCAAAUAAUAGACAGAGAAUAAAUGUUUUCCAUUUACCUACUUUCAUCCUAUAUUCUAUUUCAAUCUAUGUAUAUUGACACUUUUUUUGUAUCAAUAGAGACGAUC